AUGGAAGGUCGCGGGUUGACCCUCCGAAGUAGAACGCGCCGUGCUCGUCCUCAAAUCAGUGCUCCAAAGCCCAUAUCCGGACCGCUUCCACCUAACAUCAAGGGUACCGAUUCGGGUCAGGGAAACAAUAUCUCCAAGUCAGUGUCUCGCGAGCGAAUCCCUACGAAUGGCGCCACCUCAGAUCUAGUAAAACGGAGAUACUCAACGCGAUUCAAUCAAGCUCCAGAAUUCGAUGCCAGCGCCCCCCUCAACUAUGGCGGAUUGGGUCCUCCGGAAGCCAGCAAAAAGCCGUCGUCCGGCUCCUCCGGGCCGCCGCAAGUUGAUUUGAAUGCAUUGAGGGAUCCAAGUCUGCCGGUAGACAGAUAUGUAGCAAACCUGCUCGCCAAUGCUACGGAAGAAGAAAUCGAAGAGUACCAAAACAAUCUACGGAAAGUGAGAAACAGAACGUCCACCGACCUCCAGCAGAAUGUGUACCAGAAUCGCACCCAGUUCAUCAAGAUCAGUAAGGAGGCGGAGAAGCUCAAGGGCGAGAUGCGGACGCUACGCACUCUGAUGGCGGAACUCACCACCGCUCUGGGCCAGACAGCUAUUGGAAAUGCCCCCAAUCCUAUGUCACCGACGGCGGAUGACUGGGUACCGAAGCGCAAUGCGAAUCGCAGUUCAGUAGCCAAUCUCGAAAGCAUGUGGAACGUCCAGCUUCAAACACUAUGGAAGACGGUGGAAGGAUCGCAGAAGUUCUUGCCUGUAGCUCCAGGCCGGCAUAUUGUGAUGGAGACAGGGCAGUGGGUCGAGCUGGACUCGGCCACGUGGAAGCCUAGGCGCCCUGUUCACAUCGUGCUUCUGAACGACCAUCUACUGGUGGCUGCGAAAAAGCGAAAGCGGGUCGACCAAAGCAACCCCAACCAUCGAGGGCCGGUUCCGACGAAACUUGUUGCGGAGGAGUCCCGCGAAGAAGCCGAAGAGCGGGGCAUCGCAAACGCAAUCAAUGUCCGAGUAGGCUCAAAGACUUUCACAUAUCGCCACGACAAGCGGGAUAGUUCCGACAAGAGCGAGCUUCUUGCGACUUUUCGAAAAGCGGUGGAGGACCUUCGACGAACACUGCGGUCUGAGACAGAAACGGCGACUAAGCCCACCGAUGGCUUUGGCUAUGCAGGUGUCAGACAUUCCGUUUCCCAAAAGUCAGAUCUCAAUGCUUCAGACGCUUCCCGCGACAAGCCCGAAGUUCGCAUUGAUGUUGAUGGAAAGCAGCAGAAUAUUCGAUGGGUGGAUGGACAAGUGGAUGACCUCGACAUCGAUAUCGCCCUCCAGCGUUUCGAAGAAGCAGUUUCUGGCAUUGAGCGGCUCAGAAAAUUAGCCAGGGGCUUGAAGGGGAACUCGGUUGCGCAGCAAAUCAUCAACAGCAAGGUCGACGAACGCGCGGCAAAGCUGGCCAGUGUCUUAUCACGAGCAUUAGCUGGCACUCACUCGUUCUUGAAUGCCACCAAGACGAACGUUACCUGGCUCACUCGUCUAGGCUUUGAGGAUCAGGCUCGGGAGGCCUACUUGAAAGCCCGAUCCGAUGUGAUAUCCAAAAGGGUCCGGGCAUGUGUCUUCGAGGGCGAUCUCCCUCUCUAUAUAUUCCAGGUUUCCUAUGUCUAUUUCACCUUGAUCAAAAACACAAUCAACAUCUACCAGCAAUGCUUCCCGGCUGUUAUGACAAGUGCGUGCAUCAAGUGGGCCAAACACCACUUGGACGGAUUCAAUGCCCUUCUCACCCGGCAGCUCAGCAGCGUACAGCGAGGCACGACUGUCUGGCAGAAAUGCAUCGAUAUCGUACAUGAGCAUGCCGACUCUCUGACCGAAGUCGGUGUAGACUUCGCCGACCUUGUUGCCAAGGGUUUGGAUCUGCAUGAUGAUGGUGGCGAGAAGCCACAAAUGACUCGGUCGGAGUCUCUCAUUUCGGGGCUGGCGGAUGCUGCACGGGACCAUGCUUUUUGA